AUGUUCCCAUCCACCUCCUUCAUUGGAUACAACAUGUUGUACAUGGCCCAACCAGUUUGCCAAGUCCUGCCCGUUCCACAUCCAGUCUACGGCAUCUACGCAGCUCCACCGAUGUUUUAUGGGGUCCAGACCGCCCUCCCUGCUUUCUACCAGCCCGCCGUUGUCCUUCCACAGCGGCCAGUGGAACUUUGCCCUCAGGGCAAUUACGGACAAGCAAGCCGAAACAAUGGUGAUUUCUGGCCUCAAUCAGCUCAGGGACCCUGCUCAACAUCGUUGUCGCCAUGCCCCAGCCAGGAGUCAUCUUCUGGCUACUCCUCCGAUAGCGAAGCCGGCUCAUCUCCAGGCCUUGUCCAAUAUCGCUUCCGAGAAGCGCCGCCGGCUGCAAAACGACUACCCAUCUUUGAAGCCGUCCACAAAAAAGGCAUCAAGGAACUACAGGAUUGUCAGCGGGUCCAUCAAAAUGGUCAAAUGUUCCCUUGCCCUGAGGGAAAAUCCAAACUGCCUGAGGAAAUCAAGCUACGCCGACGAUUCAAAACAGUGCUAUGUAGACAUUUUAUGGCUGGAGAAUGUCCCAAUGGAAACGGCUGCAACUUUGCCCAUGGAGAAGAAGAAUUGAGGGUCCCGGAAUUGCCGAAAAAUUACAAAACACGGCCCUGUGCAAACUUUAUGUUGAAAAAUUUUUGUCCAUUGGGAAAGAAAUGUGAUUUUAUCCAUUAA